ACAAAACAAAGAACCAUGAGAGAUCCUCUUCUCACUCUUAUCCUGCUAUUGUCAUUGGUUCUAUCUUCUUCUUCUGUAUGUCUUUCUAGUGGAAACCCUGGAAUCCAAAGUCAAAUCGGCGGUGAUGGUAACAGGAGAAUUCUGCAUCAGCCGUUGUUUCCAGUGGAGACGACACCUCCACCGGUGGAUGAGCCACCUCCGGCAAAUCCGGUAAUCCCAGGUCCAGACGAGCCGUUCUUCCCCGAAGUCCCCACAGGGCAGAGCCCCGUUCAGACACAGACCACUCCUCCAGUUCCUCCUGCCAAUGUCUCUUCUUCGGUUGUGCCAGCGACGGCGGCUCAGCCUAUUAGCCCGACCAAGAAAGUUGCAAUUGCAAUCUCGGUUGGGAUUGUGACAUUGGGUAUGCUGUCAGCAUUUGCCUUCUUUUUGUACCGACACCGGGUGAGACAUCGGCCUGAGUCUCAGAAGCUAGUUGGUGGCGAUGGUGAGAACAACUCUCAGAGAUUCGCGCAAGAACCAACGGGGCCAAACUCUGACUUGCUCUACCUGGGAACAAUAGAGCCUUCGGAUCGAAGAAGCGGCGUUGCAGGCGCUGGUGAGGAGGUAAAUGGGGUGGUUGAUUCCCCUUACCACAAGCUCAGCCCCAUCCGAAUGUCAGAGCUUCACCGUCCGAGCCCUGAACUUCAUCCCUUACCCCCACUGAGCAGGGCUCCACCACACAAAACUUCUCCUCCUCCUCCAGCCAUGUCGUCUGACGAGGAGACAUUCUACUACACACCUCAAGGUUCAGCGGUUGAGAAUGGCCAUGGUACUGCUGAGAGCCCUUGGGUAUCUGCCCCGCGUCAGGUUUGGCCAAAGAUCAGUUCCCAUGCGAGCACUGCCACCAAAAGUCCAAGCUUUGGUACUAGUUCUACUUCUUCUACUUCCACGCCUCACUCUCGAAGAUCUUCUCCCAAAUCACGUCUUUCUAUUUCUUCUUCUCCCGAAGUGAAGCGUCUCAUUGCGUCAUCGAUAUCAAUGCAGCCGCCGCCGCCGCCGCCUCCUCCUCCACCACUUCCUCCACCACCGCCGCCGCCACCACCACAACAGCUACGAGCUCGAAAUAAUCAGCCCGAAACGCCAUCACCUCCCAAGGGCAUAAGGAAAGUUCCAUCACCUCUUUCCCUGACACCAAACUUGAAGCUUUCUGCGCCAAUAAAUGAUCCAUCCCCACAAGCAUCUAAGACUCCGGUCCCACGUCCACCACCCCCAGCAAUAUCAACCAAAGUACUGCCUUCGGAAACAAAUGUCCAAGUGACACCGGUUCGUCCAUCGCCCAAGCCCCAACCUCAGAUGUCUAGCCCAAAGGUCACCACCACAUCGACGGAGAAACCGGCAUCGAUUGCAGAGGUCACCCAGAAUGGUGACAGUUCUACCGAGCGCCUCAAUGGUGGAGGUGAUACGGAUGGAUCCAACAAGCCCAAGUUGAAGCCCUUGCAUUGGGAUAAAGUACGGGCUACUUCAGAUCGAGCCAUGGUGUGGGACCAGAUGAAAUCAAGCUCAUUUCAUUUGAAUGAGGACAUGAUAGAGAGUCUUUUCGGCUGCAACGCUACCAAUACGAUUCAUAAAGAAGCGACCAGAAAAUCAGUUCUUCCUCCCAUGGAACGGGAGAACAGAGUACUGGACCCUAAGAAGUCACAGAACAUUGCGAUACUUUUAAGGGCAUUAAACGUAACACGAGAUGAAGUGUCCGAAGCACUGCUAGAUGGUAAUCCAGAAGCUUUAGGUGCUGAGCUUUUGGAAUCUCUGGUGAAGAUGGCUCCGACCAAAGAAGAAGAACUAAAGCUGAGAGACUAUAGUGGUGACAUAUCAAAACUGGGGUCUGCAGAGCGAUUUCUGAAGGCUGUGCUUGAUAUACCAUUUGCCUUUAAAAGAGUUGAUGCAAUGCUAUACAGGGCCAAUUUUGAGACAGAGGUGAAAUACCUGAGGAAGACUUUUGAAACCCUAGAGGCAGCAUGUGAAGAAUUGAAGAACAGUCGGCUAUUCCUCAAACUCCUGGAAGCUGUACUCAGAACGGGGAACAGAAUGAAUGUUGGCACCAACCGUGGUGAUGCAAGAGCUUUCAAGCUCGAAACACUCUUAAAACUGGUAGAUGUCAAAGGAACAGAUGGGAAGACAACUUUGCUCCAUUUUGUGGUCCAAGAGAUUAUUAGAUCUGAAGGUGCAGGUUCUGAUCCUCCACUUGAGAAUCUUCCCAACAAAAUGCAUCCAAAAGUGGAGGAGGAUUUCAAGAAGCAAGGAUUGCAGGUUGUUGCCGGACUGGGCAGAGAACUUGAGAAUGUCAAAAAAGCAGCAGGAAUGGAUUCAGAUGUUCUAAGCAGUUAUGUAUCAAAACUUGAAAUGGGGCUUGAUAAAGUCAAGUUAGUUAUACAAUACGAGAAGUCAAAUGCACAGGGAAAGUUCUUUGAGGCCAUGAGGCUGUUUCUUAACGAGGCUGAAGAGGAGAUCCUUAGGGUCAAGGCUGAUGAAAGAAAAGCUCUAUGCCUUGUAAAAGAGGUCACAGAAUAUUUUCAUGGAGAUGCAGCAAAGGAGGAGGCUCAUCCUUUCAGAAUCUUUGUAAUUGUAAGAGAUUUCCUCUCAGUGUUGCAUCAGGUAUGCAAGGAAGUGGGAAAAAUACAUGAGAGAACAAUUGUGGGUUCUUCCAGAUCCUUCCGGAUGUCUGCAAAUGUUUCAUUACCAGUCCUUAACAGAUUCAAUACAAGACAGCAGCAUGGAAGUUCAGAUGAUGAAAGCUCAUCUCCAUAAUAUUAUGUGAAGAUGGUGCACCUCUAUUUCUUUUGGAAUCCAACCAUUAUUUAAUAUGCUACUGGUCCACACUUACUAUAUGUUAUUAGGAGCUAGCUAUUACUUUCUUGAUCAAACUACUUUUGGCUUCCCCAGAAAAGAAAAGAGUCCUCCAUAUUUUCAUGGAGAAUGCGGUGGAGGAUAUGAUUCUUUUGACUUCUUUAUAAUUUUCAGGGAUUUUCUCUUGAUGUUGGGUUGGGUAUGCUUGACAGAGGUAAGAUGCAGGAGUGAAUGAUGGCGGGGUUCUAUUAGAUCCAUCCACUGAUAUGCAAGAUUCAAUAGCAAGCAGGAUGGAAGUUCAUAUGAGAAUAAUUCUUGCAUGAAGUUGUUGCACUUGAAUUUCUUCAGAGGUUAUGCAGUUAAGUGAUAUUCCAUUGUACCAAAGACCACAGGGCAUUUGUUUUCUGAGGAAUCCAAAGGAAUGGUUGAUAGAAAGAAAAAGGAAUGGCUUUGAUGGGAAUUUGAACUGUUUGAUACCACCUUUCCAGAUGGAAGAUAGAGACUCUCAAUUCACAAGGAUUGCUUCCAGAAAGACUAAAGAAGCCGUAUGAGAAAUGCAGUGGUUGGUCGGCAAGAAGCCUAGAAAAGAGUGGAAGGUCAUGAGCAAUAAAAAGACCUCAAGGUUUUUUAUACCGCAAACCUACAGUUCAUGGAGAACAUCUGAGAAGAAUAAUCAUGCAUUGUAGGGGAAUGGUUCUGUAAUAUAUUGAUCCACACAUCAUACUCCAAAUUUUACAUAGUUAAAAUAAUCUUCCAAAACUGUAAUCUAUAACCCAACGUCCAUCAAGGAAACAAAAAUUUUCUCAUUU